CUGGCUUAGUUCAAGAGGUUCGGCCAGAGCUGGGCGCUGCGCGGAUUCGAUUACAAAAUACAGUGUAUCUGUUUCAUAGUUGCAGCGAUUUACAGAUUAUAUAAUCUAUUAAGGAAACUAAAAUAAAUAGUUGACAGUUUUAGGUGUGACCUCCGAGUUUGCUGAUUAUUUCGCUACAUCGACCCUCUUGGAUAGGCUAUGGUUUGACGUAUGCUGCGUUCAAAACAACAGAACAGGGAACUCGGAAAUCUCUGACUUAAAAACUAGAAAGAGGCCCAAGUUCCCGAGGUGAAAUUCCGAGUCGGAUGAUCAUUUAAAUCGAUUUUUCCCAGUCGGGGUUCAUUUUUUUCCCCGAGUACCCAAGUGUUUUGAACGCACUGAGGUUGGAAGUCGGAGAUUUCCGAGUACCCAGUUCCGAGUUCCCAGUUGUUUUGAACGCGGCAUCAGUCGUGGAAUUGUCACUGUCAUGCGCAUUUGGGUUGUUGUUGACUUUUUUUUUAUGACAAGUUGAGGCCUCGGACUAAAUUAGGAAAGGAACCCUGUCCCUUGUCAGGGAAAUCCGCGAUGGAGGGCAUGGAUUUGGAUCUGGACCCGGAGCUUAUGCAGAAAUUUAGCUGCAUGGGCACUACCGAUAAAGACAUCCUCAUAGCCGAGUUUCAGAGACUGCUUGGGUUUCAACUGAACCCCGCUGGAUGCGCCUUCUUCCUGGACAUGACCAAUUGGAACUUACAAGCAGCCAUCGGAGCCUACUAUGACUUUGAAAGCCCCAACAUCAAUGCACCAUGCAUGUCUUUUGUUGGGGAUGUGACGAUCGGUGAGGGGGAGUCUGUUCCCCCUGACACACCAUUCACUAAGACGUGGAGGAUACAGAACACAGGAACAGAGUCGUGGCCCCCUGGGGUAUGUCUGAAGUAUGUUGGAGGGGACCAGUUUGGUCAUGUGAACAUGGUGAUGGUGCGCUCAUUAGACCCCCAGGAGAUGGCUGACGUCAGUGUGCAGAUGCGCAGCCCAGUGGCUCCUGGCAUGUACCAAGGCCAGUGGAGGAUGUGCACAGCCACCGGACUCUUCUAUGGGGAUGUGAUCUGGGUGAUCCUCAGCGUGGAGGUGGGAGGCCUCCUGGGUGUGACGCAGCAGCUGUCCUCCUUCCAGGCAGAGUUUAACACCCAGCCUGCCCGCAACGUGGAGGGAGACUACAACCCCUUCGCCUCUCCACAGAAACACGCCGGCAGCAACGACAACAGUCACCGUGACGAUAGCGGUCUCAAGGACCCCGCGGACACCUGGGAGGGUGGCCCGGACCAAAUGCAGCAAGAGCAAAAUGGACGGUCACAAAACUCUGUGAAUAUAGCAACAAACGGUCUCCAAAGCAACCUAUCAGUAGUGACUUACAGCCAGGGUAUUCACGGACCCUAUCCUUUUGGGCAGUCUUAAAACAUGGGAAACAUCUUCACAGCCAGGCAGCACUGUGUUCCUGGAUUCACACCAACUAAUGAGGGAGGAGGCUUUACCUGUGGCUGGUGGAGUAUCCUGAGAUUCAUAUAAACACUUAUGCAAAGUCCCCCCUCCACUUUACCGCAAAACAAACAGAAACCAGAAGACAAAGCUGCUCUGUUCUGUCCCAGCAUACGACUCAACCAACAACAUCCCACAUCCAGUGUAUGCAUGUGUGAAUGCUAAGUUAAAAAUGAGAGUGCUACAAAUCUUUUUAAAAGAGAUGAGACAGGUUUUUUUUCUGAUCUUUAUUUUUUGUUUUUUAGUUGUCGUGUCUGAAUGCAGUUGAGACUACAGUGUUGAAAGGAGGAGUGUGUGUCUGUUUGCGUCAGUGUGCUUGCGCGUGGGUGGGUGUGUUUGCGUGUGUUCUGCAACCUGAAAGAGACAGACUAGGGAGGAAAAGCCAUUUAUUUUGCGUACUGGUCCUCUAGUUCUUAAACUGACUUUUAAAAUUGUAAUCUCUGUUCUCUUCUUACUUUUUUAUCCUAAUUUCACAGUGUAUACUUUUCAGGGACAGGAGAGUAAUUCCACAAAUUCAGCAGCCUGAUAUGUAUGUGUUGUUGUUGAUGUUUUCUGGUAACAUCAAAUGAAGAACAGCUUAUUCACAUACAAAUCCUGUUCACUAUUUGCUGUAGCUUCACUUUUGAUUAUGUUACUCUGAAGUUGAGCUAAAGUAUAUCCAUCCACUAGAGGGAGGUCUUUAUCAAAAUUGCAGUUGCCCAGUCCUGUCAACAACAAAAAAGAAACAUGAACUAACAUCUACUCAAAUCAGGGUCAAUAAGUGGAAAGUAGAUUUGAAUCACCACCCUGUAGGUUCAAUUUGUUUUCAUAUGGCUUCAUUUGUUCUGUGAGAUUGCAAAAGUCCCCAUGUUGCAAAGCAGUGACGUUUCUGGCUUUUAUCAUCUUGAGUUGAAUGUAUUUGCUGAAUGUAGAGCUAUGUUGUUUUGAAGCAUCUUUGCUUAUUUUGCCCAAAGAUCUUAUACAUUUGCCUUGAAAAAGACAGCUUGAUUUAAUAAUGUUUUCUGAUUUUUCUAGCAAUUUUGCUAAUGAUGCAUUGUCCUGGGCUUUGGAAUAAACUGUUGAGGGAAAAUUCUGAAUUCACAAUUAGUGUCCUCUUGCUCAGACAUUAAAAUGUUAAACAACUCAUUCAUUUAAAUAUUUGUUUGUACCGGUAGUCAAUUCAUUAGUUCCCCAACAGUUAUGUAAAGAAUGUGUUAAAGGUUCUGAACAGUCAUUCAGAAAAGUACUUUUUCUCUCAUGGCUAACUACCAGGAAGUUUGAAGAGACAGGCUGAGUGGGCAGGGCGCUUCUAUUCAUGACUGACAGCUCGGCUUGACUGACAGCUCUUUGAAAUGCCUAUGUCAAGCAACUUGGAUGCAGUGAGCGGUGUUGCAAUACAAUUAUCUCAAGCUAAUUUGGUAAUACAUAAAGCAACUCAAACAACAUUGAAAUUUGCAUCAAUGAUAUAAUUAGUUUUUAUACAUCUCCCAUUUGGCAUGUCUCUUGUGAUGCGGUUCACAGCAGCACUGACGGAUGUGUUGACAUGACAACUACGUCAGAACUACGUUUUGAACGACCCCCCCCCCUUUUGUUCCAUGCUGACUGAAGAUCUAGCUAGCCAGAAACUAGCUAACACCAGACACAGAUGAAUGGGGAGACAUAUGUGUCUUUUCCACAGAUGAAUAGGGGAAACUUUUAAUUAUAUUUGCUGAUACCCUACAGUAAAGUGUUGGCACCAGUAGAGUAGCUAUCUAGCUAUAUAAACCAAGCCCCUCCUUAAACACGCCUUCUCCGAUGUUGGUUACAAGGCGGUAAUUAUAUAAAUUAGGUAAGAGAAUAUCAUGUUACCAUUAGUGUACUUAAAAUGAGAGUUAAGGUGAUGACACCUUCUCCCCUUAAUAAUGAAUCCAAGUGUUUGACAUGGGGGAGGGGACCAGUAACUUUAUGAUCAAACUUUAUCAUUGUAGAAGCAACGGUCAUUUUUCAUACUUUGGUCAUCAUACUUUGUUCUAGUUUCAUCCAAAUCUCAUUCAAUUUCAUGAAAAACAUGAUUUUGACUGUUCAUGACCUUUAAGUUACUUGCACUAACUGGCUAAUCUCUAUGCACUGAGUAGUUUGGCCUCCAGCCCAAACGUGAGAUAUUUUACUAUUGCUCCUUAUGAUGGCCAGUUGUCUUUUCGCUUCAGUUUCAUGCCUGGAAGGCUACAUGCCUUGACCUCUUGGUUUUGUUAUCUUUCCAUCUGCAACCAGUGAAGACUUUGACAACCUGGCUAGCGAGAUUACCUUUUUCAAAUAUUCACUUUGCAACAAACAGCAGCACACUCAUUUACCCCCAGGGAUGACUGUGUGUACUAUGACAAUGUCACAGCAGUAUCAUUGUCCAGAACCACACCUCCUGUCAUGGUUAAUCUGCCAAGGUAACAGUUUCCCUGAAGGCAGUUGGAAAUAUCUUAGAUCAAUUGCAUGUGCUCUUGAAACUUAUGAAGCAUGGUAAUGACAGAAACAUUUCUCCUCGUGGUAAAAAAAAACGUAUACACUGCCCUCUAAUCUCCCUGGUUGCGUCUCAAAUUGCCCCCAAUUCCCUUUUAUAGUUCCCUUACUAGAUAGGGAAUAGGGUACCAUACCAUUUGGGACACAUCCCCAUUCUUAUCUUUUUCAUUUACAAUCGGAUGUCAUGUAUGUACUGAGUGAUAUGUUUGCUUCUUUUUGGGUUUGGUAGAUUUUUCUUUUCUUUCUAUGAAGUUUUCAGGGGUCAGAGUGGUGAAUGGAUGACUUGGCGCUAGAGUUCUACAGCAGCACAUUUAUGAGACACAGAGUCAGAGCAAAGAAAUAAAAGCCCUUUUCCUGUAUGUUUGAAUUAACAUUUGUAUGAUUAAAUUAUCACUGAAAACCAAA